AUGAAGCUGGCACCAUAUCUUGUGGCUCUUUCCAAGCCCUUGACUAACUCUACAUUAUGGUAUACGGACCUCCGUUUCCCGAAUAUCUUUGUGAAAGGCGACCGGAUUACAUCACUUAUAGAUUGUCAAGGGAUAUGGUCUGGGCCAUUCUUUCUCAAUAUCUCCAAAAUGGUGCUCGAACGCCCAGAAAAAUUUGACGAGCUUGAUUCUGAGCGGCAGGAUGAGAUCAAAAACCAGAUUUCCAGAUCAUUAUUGCUAUAG